UGUACAUACGUAGAAGGGGGAAGAACAACAAUUCCCCCGCUAGUACCAGGAACCUUUCUGUGAUUAGUCAAUGACGUGCAAGUGACAGGCAUACCAAGACCUAUUAAAGGCCCUUGAGGAUGAACAGCAAGCAUUGAAAUGGAUUCAGUUCCCCCUCCUCGAAAAGCCUGCCAUACUCAAUUGCCAUCAAACUUUGUACUCACAUCUACCCAAGCAAGCACUAACGUCAUACCCCUGGAUUGACCAGCUUAGAUAAUUACACAAUGGCUUCCUCAAACACAACCGUGAAGCAGUGGGUGGUUACUGGAAAGGAUAGGGGCUUCGACGGGCUGGAGCUCAAGGAUGUUCCGCUGCCCAAGCUGGGCGACAACGAUGUCCUGGUCAAGCUUGAGGCCGCGUCGCUCAACUACCGCGACCUCAUCAUCCCAUUGGGCAAAUACCCGUUCCCCACCAAGUUCCCCGUGGUUGCGGCCUCGGACGGCGCCGGCGAGGUCGCCGCCGUCGGGCCGCGGGUUACGGGGUGGAAGAAGGGCGACAAGGUGGUCACUCUCUUCAACCAGGGCCACCAGUUCGGCGAGGUCGACUUCCACAGCGUGGGCACCGGGCUCGGCGGCGUGCUUGACGGCACCCUGCGCCAGUACGGCGUGUUCAACGAGAACGGGCUGGUGCGGGCGCCGGCGAACCUCAACUCCCUCGAGUCCAGCACCCUGUCCUGCGCCGCCCUUACCAGCUGGAACGCCCUCUACGGCCUCAGGCCGGUGAAGGCGGGAGACACGGUUCUGGUUCAGGGAACCGGCGGCGUCAGCAUGUUUGCCCUGCAGUUCGCCAAGGCUGCAGGCGCGAGGGUCAUCGCCACGACAUCGUCGGCAGAGAAGGCCGAGAGGGUGUUGAAGCUCGGGGCGGACCACGUGAUCAACUACCGGGAGGACGCCAACUGGGGCGAGACGGCGCGCAAGCUGACGCCAGGCGGGGUCGGGGUGGACUUCGUCAUCGAGGUGGGCGGGGCGGACACGAUGGAGCACAGCCUGGCGGCGAUCAAGUUCGGCGGCAUCAUCUGCGUCAUCGGCUUCCUGGGCGGGGCGAAGCCGAAGUCGAGCAUGAUGGAGGUGCUCAACAAGAUCUGCACCGUCAGGGGCGUCUACGUCGGCUCCAGGGCUCUGAUGGAGGACAUGGUCAAGGCCAUCGAGGCCAACGACAUCCACCCCGUCGUCGACGAGAAGAUCUUCCAGCUGGGCCAGGCGAAGGAGGCUUAUGAGUACAUGUGGGCAAAGAAGCACUUCGGGAAGCUGGUGAUCAAUAUCGAAUAAAGGGCCAAUUAGGUAGCUUUUAUUUUGGUUGAACUGAACAUGCUGGACGUGGACAACUUGACCUUGUGUAACCAGCCACCUUGGAAUGUAAUUGCAUGCAACUCAGCCCCUGAAUUCCUUCCUGAAUAGCGUCAUUCUGGGAUUUAAAUCUCAUAGAUAUCCUCCACAUGUACUGCCCAUUUUAGGCCCUCUCUUCCCCUCACCCCUCGCCACUGAUUGCCCGACAACUCAAGAAUGAGUCCAAAUCAUGAUCUAAUCAAACUUAGAUCCGCAUUAGAAACCAUGUAAUAGAGAAGCGGGC